AGCCAACAGACUUUGCUUGAUAUCGCCCGCAACCAGAACACCAGGAGGAUCGCAAACAAAAAAGCGGAAUGGAUCGAAACUGCAUAAUAAGACUGAUUGUCCUCAUAGGAGUUGCUCUACAGGGGGAGGCGGCGAAACUACCAUCCUUCCUGAAGGUGUGCUAUCGCGACUCCCCCAGUUUGAACACUUGCGCCCGGCAAUCCUUUGAAGCGUUGCGACCGAGACUGAUGGAGGGCAUUCCCGAGCUGUUCAUACCGUCCAUGGAGCCGCUGGUGGUGCCCCAGGUGAAAAUGGACCAGGACUCUGGUGCCAUCUACUUGCAUUCCGUGUAUCGUAACGUCAAGGUGACGGGCAUCUCGAAGCAUUCGGUGAAUGAGCUGCGCUUGGAGCCGUCAAAGCUGAAAUUCAUAGUGUCUCUGACCUUCCCCAAACUGCAUAUGGAGUCAGCGUAUAGCAUUAAGGGUAAAAUCAUGAUGAUGCCGCUGCUGGGCGAUGGCCACUGCCAGGUGGAUCUGAUAAACAUCACAAUGCGCACGGAGCUGAUAGGAAAGGAGUAUCAGAAGAAUGGUGUCAACUAUUUGAAUAUCAGCGAUGUGAAUGUCAAGUACGAGUUGUCCAAUGUGAAAAUCCAUCUGGACAACCUGUUCAACGGCGACAAGGCUCUGGGUGAUCGAAUGAACGAGUUCCUCAACGAAAACUGGAAGGCUCUUGCCGAGGAAGUACGUCCGCUGAUGACCAAGGCCCUCGUGGACAUCCUGAGAGCCUCCGUGGAUAAGCUUUUCUCUUCCUUCAGUUACGACGAUCUCCUGCCCAAGGGUAAGGGUAAAUAAUCGGAGAGCAUCACCCAUUCCAACUUAAUUAUUUAAUCGUAGUUCAAACAUUAGCCUAGACAUAAGCACACAAUUAAAGGCGAAAUAAAUUAUGAAUAUAAUA